UAUUCUUGCAAAUCUGUCAAAAGCAAAUCAUCCCCGUGAGUCUUUUUGAUUGAGAUUUGAGUGAGACAGGAGAGAAAGGGGCCAACCCCCAAGCAGUCAAACUACAGUUGAAGAUUCACAAACCUUCCCAGAUCUUUAAUAUAUUUCCUUUAUGUUUAUUUAAUCUUUUAACUUCUGAAAGUUGACACUUUCCUGAGCCCCAGGAGUCCAAGCGGUUGAACAAAAUCAGUUUAUUGUGAGGGAGCUGUUAUUGAACAUUGAAUUGAGAGAGAGGAAGGGGGAAGAAGAUGAAUUGUUUGCUAUACUUCAAGGAUAGAAACAAAAUCAGUUUAUUGUGAGGGAGCUGAGCUGCUAUUGAACAUUGAAUUGGGAGAGAGAAGAUGAAUUGUUUGCUAUACUUCAAGGAUAGAAACAAAGGAAAGGCACAAAAAUCAGCACCAGUGUUGAAGGAGCAGAGCAAAUCAUCAGAUAUUUCAGGGGCGGCUGAAAGGGCCACGCGCUCUUCAUGUUCAGCCUCGUCUCCCCGUAGCUUCUCUGAAGCCUACGAGGGGAAAGCUCAAAACUUGAGAGAGUUUUCCUUCAAUGAACUUAGACAAGCAACCAAUAAUUUCUGCAGGUUACUUAAGGUUGGAGAGGGCGGUUUUGGGAGUGUGUACAAGGGAAUGGUUAAGCCAGUUGAUGGUAAAGGUGACCGAAUCGUGGUUGCGAUUAAGAAACUCAGCAGAGAUGGUUAUCAGGGACAUAAACAAUGGGUAGCUGAAGUUCAGUUUCUUGGGGUUUUGGAGCACCCGAAUCUCGUAAAAUUAAUUGGAUAUUGUGCUGUGGACGGGGAGCGAGGCAUUCAACGACUGCUUGUAUAUGAGUUCAUGCCAAACAGAACUCUCGAAGAUCAUCUUUUCAGUACUGCUUAUCCGCCUCUUUCUUGGCUAAGAAGACUGCAAAUAGUCCUUGGAGCAGCUCUGGGCUUGACUUACUUGCAUGAAGAAUUGGAAGUUCAGGUUAUCUAUCGAGAUUUCAAGUCAUCGAAUGUGUUAUUAGAUAACGAUUUCAAACCAAAGCUCUCCGACUUUGGUCUUGCAAGGGAGGGCCCGACUGGUCUGCACACUCAUGUUUCUACAGCGGUUGUAGGAACACAUGGUUAUGCAGCCCCCGAUUACAUCGAAACUGGUCACCUUACAGCUAAGAGUGAUGUUUGGAGCUUCGGUGUCGUACUAUACGAGAUCCUAUCGGGUAGAAGAUCACUCGACAGAAACAGGCCUAGAUCAGAACAAAAACUCUUGGAAUGGGUUAAGCACUAUCCUGCUGACAGUCGGAAAUUCAGCACGAUAAUGGACCCGAGACUGGAAAAUCAGUAUUCACUAGGAGCAGCUCGAAAGGUUGCAAAGUUAGCAGAUGCGUGUUUGUCCAAGAAUUCAAAGGAACGGCCCAAAAUGAGCCAAGUCGUGGAAUCCUUGAAACAGAUCAUUCAGAGCUGUGGCGGCGAGAGUAGCCCCUCCUUGCACAAGAGUUUCGAGUGCGUGGAAGAUGAUCCAGUUGACGACGAGAAACCCAAGCAGAUGGGACCCGCGGAAUCAGCGAAAAGGCGGAUGGCACAGUUGGCCAAGCUAAGUGAACAUGUUGGUGGAAUCAGCAGAAGAAGGUUUAUGAUGAUGCAGAGAGCCAAAGUUACAUGAUAAAAGGCAAGCAUGCAUUUUUUUUUAAUGUGAAAGCUUCAAAUAUGAAGGAAAUUUGAUGUUUCUAUCAAUCUGAAACAACGUUAACAAGACCACGAAACACAUGUUCAAAGUAGUGUCACAGGUCUCAGGUUGUAGCCAUAUGUAUGCCCAUCUUGGCUGUUUGUUUAUGUUGGGGCCAAAAUUUUCUGAAAUUAAUGCAAAUCCGCUUGUACAAAGUUGAACGACUUCAAUGAGCUUGAGCUAAAAUAACAUCAAAAUUCUCCAAUAUACUUUGAUUAA